AUGGCCGAGUCAAAGACUGAGAGCUCGCAGCUCGCCGAUUGUGAUCAUAUCCCAAUUAUCGACCUCUCAGCUUUAGAUAAUCCAAAUUUUGAUGAGCGAUGGAGACUUGCUCAAUCAGUCUAUGAUGCUUGCACUCAGGCUGGCUUCUUUUACAUCAAGAACCAUGGAAUUCCAGAGGACAAAAUCGAUGACAUUCACAAGUGUGCAAAGCGCUUCUUCGACCUCCCCGAGGAGCAAAAGAUGAAGUUCUAUAUUGGAAACUCCUCCAAAUUCCGCGGCUACAGCCCCUUAGGUUCUGAGAAAUCUACAGGCACAGAGGAUGAUCCCAUUGCCGAAGAAGACGCAGUCGGUGCUCUCUCUGAAGCAUUCGACAUCGGAUACGAAACUGCAAUGGAUCCUCAAAAAUCGAAAGAUGCCCCUCUUCCCCGUGAUCCCUAUGGACUAUAUGGAGAUAACCAAUGGCCUGGCCCAGAUAUACUUCCAACCUUCGCAGAGACCUAUAUUGAAUAUUGUGCGAUGAUGCUAGGGCUCUGCCGAAAGCUGAUGAGAAUAUUCGCCCUCGCUCUAGACCUACCUGAAGAACACUUUGAUUCAAUGACUCAGAACCCAGGCGUCACGUCUAGAAUGAUGCAUUAUCCGCCUCAGCCGGUGAAGGAAGAGGUUCGUGAAGGGCUUGGGGCUCAUACGGAUUUCGAAUGUUUCACUAUCCUCUCCCAGGGUAGUGUGCCGGGUUUGCAAGUAUUGAGUCACAGCGGCGAGUGGAUACUAGCGCCACCGUUGCCGGGGACAUUGGUCGUCAACAUUGCAGAUUGCUUGUCAAUUUGGACGAAUAAAAAGUUCAAGUCUACUAUCCAUCGUGUGACGAACUUAACCGGACAAGAACGUUACUCCGUUCCCUUCUUCUUUGGAGUUGACUAUGAUACAAAAGUGUCGGUUCUACCGAAUCAUAUUUCGGAUGAUAGACCUGCAUGUAAAGAGCCCUUCAAAGCAGGCGAGUGGGUUCGCGAAAAGCUAUCAAAGGCAUAUGUUGGUUAUGAAGGCUAG